AUGAUAUUUGCUGGCGUACGUCUGGUGGUACCAGCCAUCGUCGCGGUCUCUGUUGCUGCUUCCGUCACACAGGAGGCGUACACUUGGGACAAUGUUUUUAUUGGCGGAGGUGGAGGAUUUAUACCCGGAAUUGUCUUCAACCCGACCCAAAAGGGUCUCACGUACGCUCGUGCCGAUAUUGGUGGCGUCUAUCGUCUCAACGCGGAUGACUCGUGGACACCUCUGCUUGACUGGGCGAACGACACGACUUGGGACUACUGGGGAGCCGAUGCAAUGGCCACCGAUCCCAUCGACUCCAACAACCUCUACCUGGCCGUCGGAAUGUACACCAACGAUUGGGACCCUAAUAACGGCACCAUCCUCAAGUCGAGCGAUCAGGGGAAUACGUUCCCUGAUAGGAUAUCGCUACCUUUUAAGCUGGGGGGUAACUGUCCCGGCAGAGGAAUGGGUGAACGCCUAGUCAUAGACCCCAAUAACAACGACAUCAUCUACUUCGGUGCUCGCUCAGGUAACGGUCUCUGGCGAUCCACGGACGCAGGCCUGACCUGGUCCAACGUCACCUCUUUUCCCUCCGUCGGGACUUAUUUCCAGUCUUCCACCGAUCCCCUUGGGUCCGAUAUCAUGGGUAUUGCGUGGAUCACGUUCGAUUCCAACUCUGGCUCCAACACUUCGCUCACACUCGCCUCGAACUCCGAAAUGUCUGUAAGAUCGAGCCGUAUCUUCGUUGGCGUCGCGAAUAUGGGCUCGGAUAACGUGUUCGUGAGUGAGGAUGGUGGGGAUACGUGGGGUGCGAUAGAGGGCCAGAAUAAUACGUUUAUUCCACACCAUGGUGUCCUGUCACCAGCCGAAAACGCGUUAUAUCUCCCGUACGCGAACGGGAUUGGACCGUAUGAUGGCACGGCGGGAUAUGUGAUGAAGUAUUUCAUCGGGAAUAGCUCUUGGGUCGAUAUCACACCUGCACAGGGAAUCGCGGACAACAGUUAUGGCUAUGGUGGCCUCGCCGUCGAUCUUCAAAAACCCGGAACCGUCAUGGUCGCUCCUCUGAACGAGUGGUACCCUGACGCCGACAUCUAUCGCUCGGCAGACGGCGGCGCCACAUGGACUGGGAUCUUCACAUACGAUUAUCCUCCUCCGGACUAUACACUGGCUGUCCAUCCUUCAUACGCGUGGGACGUCUCGCGCGCGCCUUGGAUUACUACGUUCACUGGGAACGACACGAAACUGAUAGGGUGGAUGAUCGAAAGCCUCCAGAUCGACCCCUUCGACAGCGACCACUGGCUCUACGGCACCGGUCUCUCCCUCUGGGGCGGCCGCGACCUAACGAACUGGGACACCAGCCCUCGUCAGAACGUAACCGUAGCCAGCCUCGCCACCGGAAUCGAAGAGAUGGCAGUGCUGGGGCUCACGGCGCCGACCACUGGACCGUUGUUGGUUUCGGCGAUGGGUGAUGAUGGGGGGUUCGUGCAUGAUAGUUUGACGAGUUCGCCGCCUACGUUCUCGAAUCCGACUUGGCCUGGAUCGGGCUCCGAUGUCGAUUUUGCGGGCGCUGCACCGGAGAAUAUCGUUCGCCUUGGAAGCAUCGCCGGUAGUGCGCUCGCCACAUCUACAGACGGCGGUGCCACAUGGAGCCCCUAUCCGAACGUCCCUGCCAGUGCAGACUCUGGAAAAAUCGCCUUCUCCGCACUGGGUGAUACCCUUCUCUGGGCCCAAGGUUCCGGAUUCUCAGGCAUCCAAGUCUCCAAGAACGGGUCCGCAUUCACAGCAGCGAGCGGCGUACCCAGUGGCUCUGCCAUCGCCUCCGACAAACAGAACAAUACCGUGUUCUACGCCGUUUCUGGAUCUGCGUUCUACGCCUCGACGGAUGGAGGGGCCAGUUUUGCGCAGACGGCGACGUUGGGCGAUGCGGACUCUUCGACGCAGAUUGCGGUGAACCCGUGGAAGGGAGGGGAGGUUUUCGUUUCGACUAACGUUGGGGUGUUUCAUUCUACCGACUUUGGUAACUCCUUUACUGCAUUACCAACGGUCACCAACGCCUGGUCCCUCGCCGUUGGAAAACCCAACUCAUCCGACACCAGCAGCACUCCCACUCUCUUCGUCGCUGGCACUAUCAAUGGUGUCAAUAAACUCCUGCGUACGGACGAUCUGGGGGAGAAUUGGGCCAUGAUUACGACGGAGGAGAAGGCGCUGGGGUCAGUCUCGGGGAUGGUGUUGGCGGCGGAUAAGAGAACUUAUGGACAGGUUUAUGUGGGGACGAAUGGGAGGGGGAUAUUUUAUGGCCGUUUUUGA